GCGGCUGGACCCGGGGCGAUGGCGGCGGCGGCGGCGGGCGCGGUCCCGGUGCCGGUGCCGGCGGGGGCGCGCCCGCUCUCGGGCACGGUGCGCCGCCUGCACCGCGCGCUGAACGCGCUGCUGAGCGAGCGGGAGCGCGAGCGCUUCAUCCACUGCCUCAACCGGUACCACUGCCGCCGCAACGUGUGCGAGCUGGUGCACAGCCUCCGCCUGCUGCUCGACACCCCCCACAAGCGGCAGCUCCUGCCCCUCCUCCGCCUCGUCAUACCCCGCUCCGACCAGCUCCUCUUCGACCAGUACACGGCCGAGGGACCCUACCCCAGCUGGCCGGCCCCCGCGGUGAGUGUGGGGGGGGAGGGGGGAGGCUGUGGGGCGAGUCAUAGUCCAUCUCAUUCCACUGGAUUCCCCAGUUGUGGCCCAGGACAUGUAAACUUCAGCACUGAUCAAUGGACAGCUCCUCUCUAUCAAAACUGGGCGAUGAAAGAAAAUUAUGGAGAGAUCAGGCAGGUGGCACUGAAAAGAAACAAAACUCAUGAGGGUUUAGGCUUCAGCAUCCGAGGUGGCUCAGAAAAUGGGGUCGGGAUCUAUGUGUCUCUUGUUGAACAAGGCUCCUUGGCUGAAAAAGAGGGACUUCGGGUAGGAGAUCAGAUUUUGCGAGUGAAUGACAAGGUGUUUGAUAAAGUCACUCACGCAGAGGCUGUGAAGGUGCUAAAAGGUUCCAAGAAGUUAAUCCUGUCUGUGAGCUCGGUUGGUCGUAUUCCAGGAGGCUACAUAACCAAUCAUGUGUACACGUGGGUGGAUCCGCUGGGUCGCAGUGUUUCACCACCACCUGCUCUUCUUGGACACAGAAGUAACACGACCUGGGGAAAAGAGAGCGAAAGGAGGAGCCAUCUUCAGCUGCUCCGAGAUGGAGAUGAGAAGAAGGUAAACCUUGUCCUUGAAGAUGGCAAGUCCCUGGGACUGAUGGUGCGAGGCGGUGCUGAGUAUGCCCUGGGAAUCUACAUCACAGGCGUGGACCAAGGAUCUGUAGCAGAAGUCACUGGCCUGAAGGUUGGAGACCAGAUUAUCGAGGUGAAUGGAAGGAGUUUUCUCAACAUUCCACAUGAUGAAGCUGUAAAAAUCCUGAAGUCUUCUCGCCACCUCAUGCUGACAGUAAAGGAUGUUGGGAGGUUGCCCCAUGCCCGGACUGUGGUGGAUGAGACCAACUGGAUAAGUGGCCCAGAAAUGAAUGAGACUGUUGGAACAGGGAUUGCCAGAGAAGGCAUUGGGCAGGCUGUUGCAAAGCCGAUAUUUUACAAGGGUAUGGCAGGGUCGCAGGUCAUGCUGAGCAGCUUGGUCAACCAAGCACGGGCCAUGCUGGAUGAACAGACUCGACAUCUACUGAACGAGCAUGAGCAAGCAACGAUGGCUUACUAUCUUGAUGAAUAUAAGGAGAACAAUAUAAGUGUUCAGGCAUUGGUAAUGGCCCUCUUCGAGCUCCUGAAUACACAUGCAAAGUUCUCCUUGCUCUCGGAGGUCCGAGGUAUAAUUACACCUCAGGAUCUGGAUAGAUUUGACAGCAUGGUACUGAGGCGUGAGAUUGAAUCAAUGAAAGCUCGACAGAACUCUAGCGCCGGAACCGAUUCCUACUCUGCCAUGUCCUCUGGAGAGACAGCCUCAUCUUCCGGCAGUUACUACACAUCUACCACCCUCAGUUCUGCCAGGAAUGACACGGAUCUCAUGGUGACCAACGACCAGCUGCAAGGAGAUCCCGGAAGUUUGCCCGAUAUCUCUCUGGACAAUGUGCAGUUAUUUACAGAAAAUUCAUCUGACUUGAAGCCUCCUCCACCAGAGUCUCCCAACCCAGCCUUUUCACAACAACAGACAAUCAGAGACACAGCAAAAUGGAGCUCAUCAGAGUCGUCACAUUCUGGCCUUUUCUUCAUAGCUCCUCAGAGUCCUUCACUAACCACCACAAACAUUGAUAGUGAUACCACAAGUGACCGUUCAUCUCUUGCCUCAUCUAUCGUUUCAUUGGAUGAGUCAGCUUGUACGAUCCACCCUAAAAACUUGAAAGCACCAAUCCCAGGGAAUGAGGUGCUGCCACAACUUGCUCACGUCACCCAGCAUCUCAUCGGACCCUUCCCCAGGGUCAAGUCUCCAGCCCAACUGCCAUCCCUCUCUGGGUCUCCAUUACCACCUCCUCUGCCUCCUGCUUCAGCGGACAAGUCCGAGCCACAGUUGGCAGCAGCCAAUCAGCACUUUGUAACGGUGGAGGUGCAUCAGGCAAACAGUGAACCUGAUGUAAAUGAAGUCAGAGCGUUACCGCACUCCCGAGCUGCAGCUCUGUGCCAAUUAUCUGACACUGGGCAAACUCUCAGCGAGGACAGUGGAGUUGAUCUUGCUGAAAUGGGAGGCAACAGCAAAGAUGGAAGCCCGGGUCCUGCAAGCAGCAAAGUCACCAAUGGCGUGGCAAGGAACAGAAACAGCCCGGAGGGCCUCUCCAAACCACCUGGCCUCUUGGAGCCAACUUCUGUCCUAGUGAGGGUCCCAAAGAGUGCACCCACCCUGGGCAUUGCCAUUGAAGGGGGAGCAAACACACGGCAGCCUCUGCCCCGGAUCGUUACCAUACAGAGGGGAGGAUCGGCACAUAACUGCGGAAAGCUGAAAGUUGGCCAUGUGAUUUUGGAGGUUAACGGAUUGCCACUUCGAGGAAAGGAACACAAAGAAGCAGCAAGAAGAAUUGCAGAAGCAUUUAAAACCAAAGAUAGGGACUGCAUUGAUCUCCUGGUAACUGAAUUUAAUGUCGCACUUUAGGAACUGCCAUUGUUGCUGAAAGGCUAAGAUAAUGUGCCCUCACUGUGGCCCCAAGACCUACGGCUGGUGGGAAGGUACCUAGUGUCUGCAGGGUCAUUAUCUCUCUUCCUUGGCCUGUGCAGUCUGCUGAUCAGAGUUGGCAAUGAACAGAUUAUUCCAGCUCUGGGUAUGAGCAAAAUCCUCUUCGUGGUUUUUCAAUUUGAUGUCAGUUUUCAGAAUAUGUCCAGAGAUAAUAACUAAACAUCUUUGUCUUUUGAAGGAGUACUGUAGUCCCAGAUGUAACCUAAUUCUGCCAAUUAACCUGUGUGAGGAUUUACGUUCCAGGCCGACUCCCAUUGGCUCCAGGAGAAGGGGGUUUCUGGCAGAACUGCGGCAAAUCCUUGCGAGUUUCCCGACUACCACCACCGUGCCCUGUUGCUGGGAGCUGACUAGUUGCUGCUCUUUACCGACAGCUGUGCAGUUUCCACUGUCAUUGUCAGAGCAGGGUGUGGCUCUCAAAGGGUGGGCUGUCCAUCAGAGAGCUGUCAUUGCCAUGGGAUUUACUGAGAGUCUGGGAAUGCCCAGGAAUUAAAGAUUAAUUUCCUGAAGAAAUGUCAUCUGAGCAUCAGAAAAACUCGCUGUGUUCUUUGACAGCUUGAGCUUCACACUAGUGAUACAGCAGAGAGAGAAGAUGCAGACUGGUCUGAGAUUGGCUGGUGAUAUUCCAACCAGUGCUGGGUCCCACGGCAAGGUCAGGCUGAUAUUCACAAGUUGCUGUAAAUAGAGGAGAGUGGGAGGAAGUUUCAGACAAACAUUCUCCGCACAUACAUCAGUGUGUUGGCUCUUUGGGGACACUUCUGCAGGAGUAGAAGACAGAUAGUUUUCAAUCCAACCCGACCUAGUCCAGCCCGGUCCAACCCAGUCCUGUCUGACUCAGUCCAGUCCGACCCAGUCCCUGACUGUCGAUCUCUUCCUCGGAUGGCUGGAUAUAUAACCUCGUUCUGCCUGGGCAGUCUCCACCUGGCGGCGAGAACACAAAUUCUCAAACCUGCGAUAACCCACUCCCUUUCUGUCCCUUUCUCCCCCUUUCUUUUCUCCUCCUGAUCCACCUGGCCCCCAUCACCCUGUCUCUUUCUCCUCCCCACCCUCUCCAUCUGCCUGCACACUCCUCCCAGUGGGUCCCCUCCCUCCCUCUAUUCCAUGCUCCACCCUCCUCCCCUAUCAGAUUCCAUCUUCUUCAGCCCAUUGUCAGUCCACCUAUCACCUCGCAGCUUCUGACGUCAUUCCCCCUCACCUGGAUCCACCCAUCACCUGCCAGCUCCAGCCCUUCCCUCCACCUUUUUACGCCGGCUUCUCCCCCUUUCUCUCCAGUCCUGAUGAAGGGUCUUGACCCGAAACGUCAACUGUCCAUUUCCCUCCACAGACGCUGCCCGACCCGCUGAGUUCCUCCAGCACUUUGUGUGUCACUGGAUACUUAUGUGAACAUCAGCUGACACCUGGUGGCCAUUUGAAAAAGUGCCGUUGUAUUUUAUUAAAUUGGGAUAAGGUUAACCUGUCCCACCAGGUGAGAGGUCACAGUAUGAGUCAGUAGCUCAAUCCAUCAGGUAAAUGCGAUCAGAAAGCUGGACGUUUGUGCCCAUUCCCCACCCUCUCCCCAGACCCAGGUAACAUAUGUUGUUCAACCGCUGUGAGGACAGUUGUGGGGUGCUGGUGUGUGCACACACAUGUCCCGUGCCUGUGACACACCAGAACCUUGACCCUCGCCCAGUCCCACUAUAAAGCAGCAGUGUGUCAGGUCACUGCUGGGCCUGACCCUGUGCCUUCCUGUACCCUCACAGGCAGGUCUGAUCAAACACGUCUUACAGUGGCUCCACACAUCAUACAGAAUGCAAACAAACACAACAACAGCAUAAAAGUAGCUGUUACUUUGCACAAGAGUAAAGUUUAAUGGGUGUUGCUGUGGCAACCAAGAAACUUUGAGUUUGCAACAGUGGGAAACCUGUCUCGUUAUUUUCUAUGAGGCUGGGACACAGCCUGUCUCUCGGACUGUUGACACUGGACCCUUUAAAUGCCCUCUGACUUCUCGUGGAACAGUCCUGGUCACGUGGUAAGACUGAGGUACAGAUGUUUACCCAGCUGGCAUGGUUUAGAGAGACGAUGUCAAGGUUUGGCCCAAAACACUUUAGAUCAUCCUGAGAUAGGGCUGGGGGCAUUUAUCCUCUUGGAGAUCUGAUUGGCUGGAGUUCUGUGGCUUCCUUCCCCAUCCCUGCAGAGCCACAGGCUAUCACACCACAGGAGAAGCUCAGUGCUGGUCUCACUACAACAACGAUCAUUGGAUCCCCUGGAUUUCUGGGUUUUUCUCCCUCUAUCCUAUCCCAAGAACACUGCCAACUCCACCACCAUCCCACUUUAGUUCAGCUAAUUCCAGUCCACCCGGUCAUUUCAUCAACAAAUGGCUUAUUAUGGGAGAGAGGGCAGGGGAGGGUGUGGCCAGUGGUGGGGUUUGGGGAGGAGUAAGAGAGGAGUGGGUCCUGGAACUAUUUCUUGUGAAAUAAUCUAUCAAAUGAUAAAUGAUUAAAGAAUGCCUCAAAUGAACUGUGGCAGAGCUGAGACACUGGAGCCAGUUUACUCCAGCCUCUACUCUCUGCUUCUUGCUUCUAUUUUUCCCAGACAUUUAUUGUGGCCGUUGUUUUGGUGCCUGGGUCGUGCCGUGAGUUCUCCGCUAUUGGCUCCCAGCUAUCAUUGCCCUCUUGUGCAGCACUGGUAUCCUUUUGUACAUGGCUUUGUUUAUAGUCUGAUGAUCUGUUAUGGCUUUCUGUACAACAUGAGCUUGUGCCUGUGAUGCCUGUACAGUUUAUUACACAGCCUUGUAAAUUGCUUUUAACCUCAUUACUGUAUUUGUAUGAGGUAUGUGCUUUUCAUUUUCCA